AUGUGCGGCUCAGACAUAUUCCUUGGGAUUCUCGCUGUUUUCUUCCCACCCGUCGCAGUAUGGAUUAAGGUGGGCGUCUGCACAGCCGACUCAAUCAUCAACCUUGCCCUCUGCUGUCUCGGCUAUGUCCCCGGUCUUCUACACGCAUGGUACAUCAUUCUCCAAAAUCCAGAACCGGACCACGACGAAAUCGGCUACGAACCCGUCCCAGGUCAGAGGAGAGAUGUUGAGAAUGGCCGCGUGACGUAUUACUACGUUUCUCACGGUCCCAUGCAGAACCCUUCCCAGAGGGGCUAUGGUACUGUCGCACCGCAACCUGCACAAUCUCCUCAGCCUCAGCCGCAGGCUUCGACUCAACAGCAUGGAGAGGGUCAGGGUGGAAGCAGCAAUAAGACCCAUGCGCCACCUACCUAUGCUGAAGCUAUAAAGGGAGACCACAAGGUGCAGUCGCACGAAUAA